AUGUCACUCACAAUACCCACAAACCUUUCCAACUCCAUCGUAAAACCCAAGUUGAGUUCUCAGUUCACCACAAAACCAAGGCUUGCAAGCAUUGUAUGCUCAGCUUCUCCUAACCAGAACACAUCAACUUCGGAGCAGUCAUCCAAUGCAUCGCCACUCAAGGCAUUCUCAGCUGCUCUAGCACUCUCCUCCAUCCUCCUCUCGGCUCCUGUCCUACCGGCGUCGGCCGACAUAGCGGGCCUGACGCCGUGCAAGGAGUCCAAGCAGUUCGCUAAGCGAGAGAAACAGCAGAUCAAGAAGCUCGAGUCAUCACUGAAAAACUAUGCUCCUGAUAGUGCUCCGGCACUGGCUAUCAAAGCCACCGUGGAAAAGACCAAACGCAGGUUUGAUAACUAUGGGAAACAAGGUUUGCUAUGCGGAUCAGACGGUCUCCCUCACUUGAUUGUGAGUGGGGAUCAAAGACACUGGGGAGAGUUCAUCACCCCAGGAAUUUUAUUCCUCUACAUCGCGGGAUGGAUUGGGUGGGUUGGCAGAAGCUAUCUGAUUGCCAUCAGGGAUGAGAAGAAACCAACACAGAAGGAGAUCAUCAUUGAUGUGCCAUUGGCAUCAAGUCUUCUUUUCAGAGGGUUCAGCUGGCCCGUUGCUGCCUACAGAGAGUUUGUGAAUGGGGAUCUUAUUGACCCCUCUGUCUAAAUCCAUCAUAAGGUUUGUGUCUUAAUCUAAACAUUGCUUUUCCUUUUCUUGUGUUCAAGACUCUUAAGGUUAGUUGAUUUGCAAUGUUUUUAGUUCUUUUAGGAUGCAUUCUAUGCCUCUACCAUCUCCAUGGAAAAAAUAUUCGGUGCAUAGAGGUUAUAUGGCAUUCAUAUUUAGUUGUCAAACACACAUUUGAUUUUUUUCAAAAACAAAUGUGGCAAAGGAUCAAAAUUUUGUUUCAAAACAUAUGAAACGCUUACGUUUUCAAGGAGAUUGAAACGAAUCAAUGAUAGAAUCGAAAAUUCUUAUUCUUCGAGGUGUUUUAUAAUGUUUCAAUACAUUUGCACAAUUAUUUCGGAAUGUUUCAAGGCAUUUCAAGAUAUUUUGAUAUAUUUUGACUAAUGUUUUGGAAAAAUAAGUUCUAAAUUUUUUAUUCUUUUCAUUUUGUUUCCGAGACGCAUUGAAAUGUUUUCGAAACACGUCGAAAUGUUUCCGUUCUCUAUGUGACCAAAACAAUGCACCGAAACAAAAUUUUAAUUCUUAAUCGUGACAAUUUUAUAAAUGGCAACAAUUGAUUGGGAAUGUUCGAUAUUUUAUAAGUGAUGUGCACCGAAAAUUUUAUCAUCUCAGUGGGAGUAGAGCUACAAUGGGUUGUGUCAAUAGUGUGCUCAUGGAUAGUGUAAGUCAUUCUGUAUCAAGAUUUACUCAAACCAAGCAAACCUAUUUAUAGUCGUGCAUAAUCAGCUUUAUGUCGUUUGUGAUUAAAUUUGUGCCAACAAAUUUAUUGAUUUAAUAUGAUGGGUUAAUCCAUUUAGAACCUGAACUCGUUACAAUUAACUCUCAAAUUGUGAUCUGAAUCCAUUAUGAUUAAAUCCAAACGUGCUGCGUUUGUGUCGGUUGUGGGGUGUGCAAGUAUUUGCUAGAUUUAAGUGGGUGUGAGAUUCCUCCAAUAAGUUUUUAGUCGAUGUUGCUUUAUUUUUCUCAAUCUUUUUCAAUGGUAUAUAGCGACUGAUUUGAUAUUAGGCAAAAUUUGAAAAAAAAAAUAUAUAUAUAUAGGAGAAGAUCUGGAUCCGUCACAAGUAUACUAUGCCAUUGAUUAUGUUCAUUGCUGUUGGUGCAGAAAUGGGAUUAAGAGGACUACAGCAAAGGAGACGAAGAGCUUGAAUUGGGAGUUGCUUGUGGGA